AUGCAAAAUAUCAUAAUUCGUCAAUAUCGUUUUCUUGCAAAAUACCUGGAACCUGAAUUUUUCAAGGAACCUGCUCUUCGCAAUGCAAAUGCAAGACCCCGUGAAAAGCUUCAACGCUUGUCUCAUGUGCAAUUCAGUGAGCUCUUAACGGAUGUUGCAGACGAAUUACAAAGAAGGAUUAAUAAUGAUCCGAAAGUUCCGUUUUUACCUCCUGUGGAAUCGUAUCACCCCAAACGAAACCAUGCCCGCCAAAAAUUGGCUAGUUUGGCUCCAUCCAGACUUCGAGAUUUAUGUAUGGACGUAUACUUUGAAGUGCAGGCUCGUUAUGGUAAUGCACUUAAAGAAGUUGAUACCCCUACUUCUUUGGCCCAGCCUAGUCGGACGAAUUCACAUCCUCAGGUGGCUUCUCAGAGAAAUCCCUCAGCAACCCAUGGUGUAAAAGCCGAAGGUUCUUCCUCAUCUUCUUUGCAUCCCAGUGAACGUAGAACUACAAGUUCGCCAAACGUGGUCAACUCAAAAAUUGCAAGUCGUGAAGCACCGUCUUCCUCGUCCCAUGCUUUGCCAAUGGUGCCGGAUGCCGCUCCAAAAAGCCCUCCUCAUCGUGUAGCCGAAGAUUCCACAACCAAGUAUUUAGCUAAGAUUGAGAUGUUGGAGAAUAAUCUCGCGAAAUCAAAUUCUCUUUUGGAUGUCUCGAAAUCUGAGAUUGAGUCUUUAAAGGCAAAGCUUAAUUCUGAAGCUGUUCAUCAUAAAAGUAGAAUGUUCAAUAUGGAAGAGAAGCUUCAUGAAGCAUCCUUACAAAUCACGACUUUGAACGAAAAACUGAAAGAAAGUCAAUUAACAAGAAGCACUUCUCCUGCUGGUGUUGAUGGUGAAUUUGAGAAAAGCUUGAAAAUGAUGCAAGGGCUCAUAUUAUCAGAAACGACAAAGGUACAUCACAUAAAUGAAUUAGAAAAAUCUUUUGAGGCCCAAAAAGAUGAAACUGAACGUUGGAAGCGAGUCGCUAUAAAUGCUAAAGCUUCUAAAAUUGACGAUGAUGUACGAUUAUUCACAAUGAACACUAUUCCUAUGAAAACGGUUCGUGAAUUGGUAUCUCCCAAUGGUAUUGUAGACGAGCAGUUGUACGUUCGCUAUUUUGUAGAGAUGAACGUAUUUAUGUCGUCUUUAAGAAAAGAUAGUCCUUCACAGUGGAUGUUAACGGCUAAAGAUAUUGCCUUAACGCUUGAGGCUAUCGUUUCCGGUCUUCGGGAGGCGGUUCUUACGAAAGAGUUACUUGGCUUAGGCAGUAGUAUAGAUGAUUUAUGCACUUUCACCAAUAAUCUGAUGCAGCAGGUGCGAGUUGCUAGUUCUAAUGGUGCAUUCCCUAUAAGUCAUAUUGAUGCCUCUGCUUGCUCCAUUAGCAUUACUUUGUCGGAGAUUGUAAAAAAGCAUGGUCUCUUGGAUUCAGGCAAGUCUUCUGCUUCUUAUGCAAGAACUUCUCUGCAUCCGGUAGACGAUUUAAAAUCCCUUUCAGCUGCCAAGACAAUACUUGGCGAUAAAACAAGGCGUUAUAACGAAGUAAAUCAACAUCUCUUGAAUGCCAUUAGUGAUGGCAGAGCAACUUACGAAGUGCAGCAACUCAUUCACGUUUUAACCAGCAUUAUCCGGGAUACUUUAUUUGACGUUUCUGCUCCUUUGGAGUUGAUGAGAGACCGUAACGCUUUUGGAAUCAUUCAUGUGUCUUUACAAGAAUUACGAAAAUGUUGCAUGCUGUUAAGUGAUUACGAAAACCAAGAGCAGCCUUCGGACCCUACAAUUCCUCCGUUGACUGACCUUGCUUUUUCUACGGCUAAAUGCUUCAAAAAUAUUUUACGAUCAAUUGAGGAUGCUGAAUUUACUGUCCAGAAAACACAAUUUUCGAAUAAAUAA